GCAGGGCAAGUUUCUUUGUUAAGUUGCCUGGAGGAGCUUGGAGGAACCAGAAGUGGGAAGCAGGAAAAGCAGAGUCCUGGGAUGGCCAGGGGCCCUUCUCCCAAAUAUGGAGAAAUAAAUGGAGAAAUGCAGGACCACCUUUCUCCCUUUGGCAAGAGGGCAUCACCUAAGGACAAGUCUGCACAUUCUCUUCCCCUCCUGUGACCAGUCUCCCAAGGAAGAUAAGCACUGGGUAUUUGUAUAAUGGCCACACAAACUAGUCAUAUCUUCCAUGGUCAAGAAAAUACGUUUCUGGAAAAGCACUGCAUGAAGAGAAACAAUGACAGAGAACCAAAGAAGCAACUGAACCAGAGGAAUAUCAGUGGACUUGGCCAAAGUCUAGACAAUGGACUACUGGUUACACAUGUUAACCAGACACAGGACCUACUGAGGCUGCAGGAGGAGGAGACCCAGCCCUCAGCCUGGGAGGACUCAGAAGAUUGGCUUCUAAGGCACAGCUUAAAGUCCGAGAAACUCACCUUGGCUGAGCUGCUAAGCCAGGGCACAGCCGUGCUGGAGGAGGGCAGCCAGGUCACGAGGAAAAUGUACGUCUCCUCUGAGACCAUCCACCGGUUCGAAUCCAAGCUUUCUAAAGCUAUUGAACUCUACCAACGGAGAAUUCAGUGGCUCACAGAAAACAGCAAGAAGGCGUUUGGCCUCAUCAAGGGGGCCCGAGUCGGCAUCCUCGUGGAUGUGUCAGCCGUCAGCCGUGGCCCUCAGAAAGAGGAGUUCCAAAAGGACCUCCUGAGCCUCAUUGACGAGCAGCUGAGCCACAAGGAGAAGCUGUAUAUCCUGUCUUUCGGCACCACCACCAGCGCCCUCUGGCCCGACCCCGUGGACGUCAGCGCCUCCACCCUCCAGGAACUCAAGCUCUGGGUGAAGAAGCUACAACCUGAUGGAGGCAGCAACCUGCUACAAGCCCUGAAGAAAAUCUUUGCUCUGAAGGGACUGAAUUCUCUGGUGACCAUAAUGGGAAGCUGCCCAGAUCAGCCUUCCGAAAUCCUGUCCGACUACAUCCAACAGGCCACCGUGGGAAGGGACCUCAUCACCCACAUCAUCACCUACAAAUGCGAUGAUCAGGUGCCCCUUGCUGUUCUGAAGAACCUCGCAGAAGCUCUUGGGGGCUGCUACCACUGCUAUAGCCCAGAGACAGAGGUCUGCAGCAGCCAGGAGGUGGAUGCGCUCUUGGCAGAAAUCCGGAAGGCCCAGAGCCUUCAGGGCCAUGUCCAAGCUCUGCAUCAGAGCCCCUCCUGCGAGGAGCCCACAGGUGCAAUGCAGGAGAUUUCCACAGAGAUUGCAAAAAGGCCUCUCAUGAGUCUUCUGCCUAAACCCCCGAAGCAUGAAGACCCCCUCACGAUUGCGUUCCCAGACUUGGACAAGACUUCUGCAGAGUGGCUAAAGACCAAUAGCCUAAAAGCCAAGAAGCUAAGCCUUUAUCAGGUUCUGGCACCCAAUGCUUUCUCUCCAGUGGAGGAAUUCGUGCCUAUUCUUCAGAAAACAGUAUCAUCCACUAUCCACGAGAAGGCAAUGGUGCAGUUUGAAUGGCAUGACGGGACAGUGAAGAAUAUCCACGUGGACCUGCCUUUCCUGUACGAGUAUCAGAAACAGCUCAGCAGAGCCAUGCGGAUGUAUGAGAGACGGAUUGAGUGGCUCUCCCUGGCCAGCAGAAGAAUCUGGGGCACCGUCUGUGAAAAAAGGGUGGUUGUGCUGCUCGAUAUCUCGGUGACCAGUUCCGUGUACAUUAUUCAUAUCCAGCACUCCCUGCGACUUCUGCUGGAGGAGCAACUGUCCAACAAGGACGGUUUCAACAUCAUUGCGUUCGGAAGCACAAUUGAAAGUUGGAGGCCCGAGAUGGUUGCUGCGAGCCACGACAACUUACAAAGCGCCUGGCGAUGGGUCCUGAGCCUGCGGUGUCAGGGAAGCAGGAAUGUCCUCAGUGCCCUGCGCAAGGCGGUGGAAGUGGACUUCAAGGACAAAGACAAACAGCAAUCACAGGGCAUCUAUCUCUUCACGGGGGGCAUCCCCGACCAGGACGUGCGCAUGCUCAGCGCCUACGUGGCGGAGGCCUUCGCGGGCUGCGACUUCCAGCUGAACGCGUGUCUCUUCUACGUGGGCGAGGCACAGAUGGACACCACACCGCCCGCCUGCUAUGCCAGCCGCAGCGACACGGCCGCCGCCUACCGGGAAGUCACCCGGGCUGCUGGUGGCCGCUUCCACUGGUUUGGAGACACAGGUAUUUAUGAGAGUGAUGACAUCAAUGCCAUCAUGUCUGAGAUGAAAAAGGCCCUCAGCUAUUCCCAAAAGUGCGCCUUGCUCGUGUCCUCCCUGAAGAACCAGUCUGGGAAAAAACAGGACAGCAAUGCCCUCCGGAGAGAAAAGCCGAAGACGCUCAAGCCAAGAAGUCCACCCAGGAAGCUCUGUUCCCCCAGAGCCACAGUGCCUUCCGUGGCCAGAAUGAGCAUUAAGGAUGCUUCUGACAGAGAGAAGAGUCCCCCCUUGAAAACUCUACUAUGGCGUCCACUCAGUGGCAAAGCGGGCAUCCUCCCAGCUGCCGCCCAGCCAGUGAAAGAAGGAACUGCAGAGCAGAGGAGGAAGACCAAAUCAAGGGACACAGAGACAUCUCUCUCGCUGUUUUAUACAGAGACGGGGAAUAAUGUGGGUUUUGUGUACAGGAAAUACCCUCAAGGGAGAGGCCUAAGAAGGACUAGCUCUUCUAUUGCAUUGCCCAGGAAGAACAGAGUCUGCUCAAGCCAAGAGUGGGUAGCAAAUUAUGGUCUAAAAAGACUGAAGAUGGAGAUCUCCAGAUACUUGGGUCCCAGAUGCAUUCAUCAAAAGUCAAUACAGACGUCGGCCUCAGCCUCGGCCUCAGCCAAACACUGCAGUGUGGUCCCCAGCAUAGAGGUCAAUGGCAUGGUGAGACACAUUCAGUGCACGCCCAGGGAACUCGAAGUGUACAUCACAUGCCUGGAGAGGGUGAUGCGACGCUACGUCCAGAGGCUGCAGUGGCUGCUGUCCGGGAGCCGCCGGCUGUUCGGUGCCAUUUUGGAGAGCAAAGUGUGCAUCCUGCUGGACACGUCGGGAUCCAUGGGCCCCUACCUGCAGCAGGUGAAGACGGAGCUCACUCUGCUCAUCUGGGAACAGCUGCGGAAGCACUGUGACAGUUUUAACCUGCUCAGCUUUGCAGAAGGCCUGCAGGCAUGGCAGGACACUCUGGUGGAAACCACAGACGCAGCCUGUCACGAGGCUAUGCAGUGGGUGACGCACCUGCAUGCUCAGGGGAGCACCUCCGUCUUGCAGGCAUUACUGAAAGCUUUCAGUUUUCCUGAUGUGGAAGCACUGUAUCUCCUGACCGACGGCAAGCCAGACACAAGCCGCAGGCUUAUUCUCAGGGAAGUCCAAAGACUCAAGGAGAAAAACAACGUGAAAGUACACGCUAUCUCCCUGAGCUGCUCGGACAGGGCGGCGGUUAACUUCCUGCGAGAUCUGGCCUCCCUCACUGGGGGGCGCUAUCACUGCCCCGCAGGUGAGGACACGCUCUUCAAAAUGCACGGCCUGCUGACCAGGGGCUUCAUUCACCAAAGGGAUCCUGCGUUGCCACUAUUUGAAGGAGAUGAUUUAAGGAGAUUGGCCCAGGAGAUCACCAAGGCUAGAAGCUUCCUCUGGCAGGCCCAGUCCUUCAGGUCCCAGCUCCAGAAGAAAAACACCGAGCCAAAGGUUGCUCCUUUUUAGAGACGUGCUUUCAGUCACAUGACUGUCACUCGCCAAGAAGUCCUGCACCAAGCCCCUUUGCAUGGAAUGUCCUUCUGCCACCCUCUGCCUGGCGACUCCUCCUCAUCCAUCGAGACACAGUGCAGAUGGCAUCAGCUCCACCUAUGACCCAUCAAGAGUGGUGGCCUCCAGCUUUAACCCCACAGCAUCCUGACUUCACAUCCCUCUUUAUAGAGGUGACACUAUCUGCACUCAGCACUCCGUGUCAUGCUUCCUUGCUCCCUCAUCUUACUCUUCUCCUUGAGCCUGAGCUCCCUGAGGGAUGAGGCUGGUGUCUUAACCCUCUCUAGGUCCCCAGAGCCUGCCAUGUGGCAGACACGUAGUAAACAGUGGGCAUAAGCUUCGUUCUGAAGCUUCAGCUCUGGAGACCAGUCAGGCGGCAUUGUUUCUGCUCUGGUCCUCUUGCUGUGUAUUUCCCACCACCCCGGUCCACGGAGGCAACGCAGAUGCACCAUCUUGGAGGAAGAAGAAGAACAAGUGAGCCUCACCCUCCCCACCCCCCGUUCAACCAAACUGAACUGAAGUCGGCUCUGCAGCCUGGUCCAGAGCGAAUGCUUGGCUCAAGCAUGUGGAAGUCAAGCUGGAUCUGUUGGGCCACCCCACUGUGCACAUAUGAAAUGAACACAUCAUGUAAUACGUUACCUGGAGUCAUUCCUAAAACCAGAACAACUGUAUUUCAUUAGUAGAAUCAAAGUUAUUUUUAAACUGCUGUGAUCAUUGG